GACACAUCACACACAUACACACACACAGACACACACGCACGCACAGAGAGAAAGAGAGACGCGCCAGUGACGAGAGGAAACGGGGGAAUCGGGCAAAGGCAGUCGAAAGAAAAAGGACCAGAAUAAUACAGGAAAAUAAUGCGUGUGAAGCCUUUAGUUGCUUCGGAGAGGGGAAUAGCACUGGAUUUUUCAGCACCGGGUGAAGCAGAGCAAGCCGUUCCCUACUAGGCCGGCAGCAACGCACACAGAGAACUGAGAGAGAGAGACAGACAGAGAGAGAGAGAGACAGAGAGAAGGUGGAAGAAAACAUCCCCGAAUGAGAUGAGCUGUUUGCUUCGAAGGCGUGUGUGCGCACAAGCUGCGUGUCGGUGAGCGUGUGCGCGCGCCUUCCUGUGUGUGCGUUCGUGCGUGCGUGCGUGCGUGCGCUCUGUGGGACGGCGCGCGUGUGCGUGCAGCGACGGUGCACUGCAUUGCUGUCAACCGCACGGGCAGCGGAGAGAACCAUCGCAGAAUCCGCCUCUCCCGUCCUCUGCGUGUCUCUUCCCCGGCAGCCUGCUGCGAUGUCGCGGGGCAGGAACGGGCUCAGCCAAGGAUGGAGCCGUGAGGGCUGAUCGCCUCCUCCUUUCCUGGCUGCAUCGCCGUGCAGGACUCCGGGUUUCUAGGUGGAGUCUGGUCCUCAUCUGCCCCAGAGGGGAGGGAAAAACACCUUGGCAGGGAGCUGCUCGGAGGGGAUCGGCGUGAAGGGAGGCAGGCACCGCACCUGGAAGGGGGGCAGAGGUGCAUCGGCGGCAAGACGCAUGGCUGGAGGAGGCCUCCCCCCGGCCCACAGUCACAGCUGGAGCAGCUCCGGCACGAGUCAGCACUCCGGGAGAAUGGUGUAAAGGCCCUGGCCCUGCACCUGCCUGGCUCAGCAGCAGGGGGACCGCUCUCUUUGGGGGGCUUCGUUUCCGUGUUUUUUAAGCAAUCCACAGGAUUUCUUUGUGGCAUCUUCCUCUCCCAGCCUGCACUCCUUCUUCCUUUUUUCUUUUUUUUUUGAGCUUUCGGGGAUUUGCCAAAACCUAUUUCAUGCAUGUCCACUGGGGGCAGGUUCAACUUUGAUGAUGGGGGGUCAUACUGCGGAGGGUGGGAGGAGGGCAAGGCCCAUGGGCACGGCAUCUGCACCGGGCCCAAGGGGCAGGGGGAGUACGCGGGCUCUUGGAGCCAUGGGUUUGAGGUUUUGGGCGUCUACACCUGGCCCAGCGGGAACACCUACCAGGGCACCUGGGCGCAGGGCAAGCGCCACGGCAUCGGGGUGGAAAGCAAGGGCAAGUGGGUGUACAAAGGCGAGUGGACACACGGAUUUAAGGGACGCUAUGGUGUGCGAGAGAGUACGGGGAGCAGUGCCAAGUACGAGGGCACUUGGAACAACGGCCUGCAGGACGGAUACGGCACAGAGACCUACUCCGACGGAGGAACGUACCAGGGCCAGUGGGUUGGGGGCAUGCGUCACGGGUAUGGCGUGCGCCAGAGCGUGCCCUACGGCAUGGCGGCCGUCAUCCGCUCGCCGCUGCGCACCUCCAUAAACUCCCUGCGCUCGGAGCACAGCAACGGGACGGUGCUUCACCCGGAUGGCGCGGGGGGCGCCGGGGGACCGGGCGGUGCAGCAGCGGGCAGUCCGGCUGUGUCGCGCGGUGGCUUUGUCUUGACAGCGCACGGCGAGGCCGAGCUUCUCAAAGGCAAGAAGAAGGGCCUCUUCCGCCGCUCCAUCCUCAGCGGGCUCAAGCUGCGCAAGUCUGAGUCCAAGAGCUCUCUUGCGAGCCAACGGAGCAAACAGAGCUCCUUCCGCAGCGAGGCCGGCAUGAGCACUGUCAGCUCGGCUGCUUCCGACAUCAACUCCACCAUCAGCCUGGGCGAGGGUGAGGCGGAGCUGUCCGUGCUGGAGGACGACGUGGAUGCCACCACGACCGAGGCCUACGCCGGGGAAUGGAAGAACGACAAGCGGGCCGGCUGCGGCGUGAGCCGCCGCUCCGAUGGCCUGCGCUACGAAGGCGAGUGGGCGGCCAACAAGCGGCACGGCUAUGGCUGCACCACCUUCCCCGACGGGACCAAGGAGGAGGGCAAGUACAAGCAGAACGUCCUGGUGAGCGGCAAGCGCAAGAACCUGAUCCCGCUGCGCGGCAGCCGCAUCCGCGAGAAGGUGGACCGUGCCGUGGAGGCCGCCGAGAAGGCGGCUGAGAUCGCCAAGCAGAAGGCGGAGAUCGCGCUGUCCCGGACAGCCCAUGCGCGGGGGAAGGCGGAAGCAGCCAUGGGCGCUGGACAGAAGGCCCAGGAGGAGUGCCGGCUCGCCAGGAUCACCGCCAAAGAAUUCUCUCCCUCCUUCCAACACCGUGGAAACGGAGUCGAGUGCCAAAGGCCAAAGCACCAGAACUCCAGCGACAACGACAUCGAGGUGAUCUCCAGCGGCACGCCCGACAGCCCCGAGCUCUACAUGAAGGGCACCACGCCCCCUGACCUGACGCCGGACCUGAGCCCGGCACCCAGCCGGCCUUGCACGCCUCCCUGCAGUCCGUCGAAGCCCGCCCACCGCACCAAGAGUGCCCGUUUCCUGCGCCAGAGCGCGGUGGAUGAUGAGCGGGGAGCUGCCGAGAUCCAGGUGCUCAUGGAAGGCCGGGGCGGCAGCGGGGAGUACCUGCGGCCGAACAGCUGGGCCGAGGACAAGCACCCCUCCGGCGGGGGCGGCAGCCGGGGGGGCAGCCGGGGCAGCAGCCGCUCCACCACUCCUUCCGUGCAGGACGAGAUGCGCGGGCCACGCGCCAAUGGCCAUAAGCACUCCUCGUCCAAUCACAAGCCUCGGGAGCACUCCUCGUCCAAUCAUAAACCCCGGGAGCGAUGGGCGGACUGCCCUUCGGUGGCGUGGACUACGCAGCGGGCGCUCAGUGAGAGCCUGGCCCACUCGCGGCUGCUGGAGCAAGACGAGGAGAAGCUCAGCAACUAUGAGAUGGAGAUGCGACCCCUACAGCCCAUGGAUUCCUCCUUCCAAAAACACUACGGUUCGAACGAGGAGCGCCAGGGCCACGCGGAGGUCCGCCCUCACGCGCUGCAGAGACUGCGGCCCAAGAGCCGGGAGGGCCGCGACGGGGCGAGGCCUGCGGGGGCCCGGGAGCCUAGGGACGGGGCCCCGGACUCGGUUCAGAAGCUGGACAGUCUGCGCAUGGGGGAGAAGUUGGAGGCGCGGCCCCUUCGCAGGGACCUCACCCUCUCCCCACCACAGAAAUCCUCACCCAUUGCACUAGAACACGACGAGGAUAAUCUGAUCCAGUUCAAAUCAAAUUCGGGCUCCAGCUCAGUUCUGGUUGUCAUGGUGAUUUUGCUCAACAUCGGAGUUGCCAUUUUGUUUAUUCACUUUUUUAUUUAAACGAUGUAUUGCCUAUUAAUUCUUCUUAUUAUUAUCUAUACUAUUAUUCUGAAUUAAUACAAAUGUUAUCAUGACUACUCACCCCUCACCCGUUUUAACAACAAACACUUCUCUAAAGAAUAAGAAGCUCAAUAAGCGUACGGAAGGUAACGGUAGAAAAGCUCCAAGCACUCGAACCUGGGCGCAGAAGAUUUCUGUUCAGCAUUUCCUCUUUUUUUUCUUUCCCCUUUAUACUGAGAUCCAUCUAUUCCCAUGUGGUUUUCGCAUUUCAAAACCUGGUUUUAAAAGGUCCUUUUCACUUAUGAUUCAAAUAUAUUAUUCAUUAAUGAUAUUACGAUAACUGUUUGUUUCGGUUUCUUCCUUACUUGCCUUUUUUGCUUUAUUGAUGAUGUUGAUGUUUUUCGGUUAGUUUUGUGUUUUUUUUUUUUUUUUUUUUUCUUUCUUUGUUUUUUUUUCCUCCUUGGGAAACAAACUGUUUGGUGAACGGAAGCGCUGGCUUAUAUGACGUUCUACUACUGUGGCAUGGCAUCCGGGUGACCUCACUGCUCACCCCAUGACCCCCGAGACGGCCCCACCACUGCCAACCCAUCGCCAACUCACCGUCACGAGGCAGAGAAACGCCCCCUGCUCAGAAAUGCGUGAAGCAGCUAUGAAAAAAAAA